AUGUCUCAGUACACCGGUGGAUACCUCCAGGUCCCAUCUUUCGAUGGUCCGUCCGACACUCGCUCCCAGGGUUCGCACCACUCUGGCAGCGGUUCGCGCUCGCACUCGCGCCGGACCUCCCAGGUCAGCGGAUCUCAUGUGUCCGCAUCUCAUCCGGGCUCCCAGGCCCCAGGAUCAGCCCCACCUAGCAAUGUGGGCGCUCCCUCUGGUUCUGUGGGCAGCCGACCACCUAGCAACGUGGGAAGCCGCUCGCCGCCCCGGGGCUACCCCGAGCCUCUCGGUUUCGACCCUGCCCGUGAGCCCGUGGGAGACAUCUUCAAAUCCGAGUUGAACAAGAACAUCGACCUGCCCCCCGAGGCUUACGUCAUGGGCAAGCUCGACCACCCUUUUGCCAAACGCCCCGGUCUGGGCGUUGCGGGAAAGAAAACCCAGAUCAACAUCAACCAGUUCAGAGUGACGGCAAUGCCUUCUUGUGACAUUUACCACCCGGUGCACAAACUCUCGAAGCCCUCGUUCCUCAAGACACUCUGGAACACGAAGACCGUCCAGAAGAGGCUCAAGGUUGACGACAAGUACGGGCCUUUCGAGUUCAAGUGGAUCCACGACGGGCGUGCCCUAGCUUGGUCUCGGAACAACAUCCCCGAGAUGCGCAUCCGAAUCGACAUGGACGCUGAACGCAACAGGAUGACAAGGCCGGGACAAGACAACUGGCAUACGCUCUACAUCAAGCAGAGCACCAAGAUCCGCCUCGCUUCACUCAAGGCCUACCUUGAGGGCCAAGCUGAAUGGGACAAGACAGUCCUGGAAUGUAUCAACUUCUUCGACCACCUCGUCCGCCAGUUUCCAUCGGAAAACCUGCUGGCAAUAAAGAGGAACUUUUAUGAUUACGAUACGAAGGAGUGGAUGAUUCUCAACCGCCGGUCCUUCGUUCAUGCCGUCAAGGGAAUCUACGCGGCGAUCAAAAUCAACUCUUCCAUGAAGAGCGGCGGCAUGGGCAUGGGCAUCAACGUGGACGUGACCAACACGUGCUUUUGGCGGGGAGGAACGCCUUUCAUUGAACUGGUCGUCAACUACCUCGCCAGCGUGAAGAAGGAGUGGCAGUACCUCGACCACCAGGGAAUUGCGGACGGACUCAAGCCAGAGAAGUGGGAGCGCACUGAUACGAAGCCAACCACGUACUUCCCCGCCAAGUCUGAAAUGUUCAGGUCCCUUCGGCGCCUGGCCAAGUGCAAGUUCCAUGUCAACCACCGUGGCAAGACAAACGACCCAAAAACCUACACCAUCAAGGACUUUGUCUGGGACGUUGAUAGGUUCGGUUGGGACGGCGCCAACGCCCGCAACUUCACAUUCACGCUGAAGAACGGCGAGGAAAUCACCGUUACCAAGUACUUCCACACGCGGUACAACGUCCGGCUUCGGUAUCCGGAUUUCCCCCUGAUUCAGACCACUCGCGACGGAGUCUUUCCUAUGGAGUGCGUCACCAUGCUGCCGUGGCAGAGGUACAACUUCAAGCUGGAUCCUGAUCAGACGGCCGCCAUGAUCAAGUUUGCUGUUACAAGACCUCCGGUCCGUGCAAAUGCCAUCAUGACUAACAUCAAGGCCCUCAGGUGGGUUGACGAUCCUUAUCUGCGCGAGUUUGGUGUCAAGAUCAGCCCGCAGAUGCAGUCAGUGCCAGCACGCAUCCUUCAGAACCCAGUUGUGCAGUUCGGCAAGAAGACAGUUGAUCCACGAACCAGCGGCAGGUGGGAUCUGCGUGACCAAGUGUUCGCUGAGCGGAACAUCCGCCCUCUGAAGUCGUGGUCCAUCAUUGUGGUCCAGAGGUGUGUCGAUGAGCCCACGGCCGCGCGUUUCGGAGCAGCGUUUGCCGAAACUUACCGGAAGCACGGCGGCCAGGUCCCGACAAUGAAACCCAAAGUUCACCAGUUAACUUUCCAAGCCAGCGGAGCGACCGCUGAGGACAUUGAGAAGCUGUACCGCCAGACUGGUCAGGAGAACGGCGCGUUGCCGGACCUCAUCUUCUUUGUCCUGCCAGUCAAGACCACCUUCAUUUACGAGCGCCUCAAGAAGAACCUGGAGAUCCGAUUCGCCAUGCUGUCACAGAUGGUGUUCUGUGAUCACGUCAAGAAGUGUCAACCCCAAUACUGCUCGAACGUGGCCAUGAAGGUCAACGCGAAGCUGGGGGGCUUCACUUCGAGGCUCCAGAAAGUUCAGUUCUACACGGUGCCCACGAUGAUGAUCGGAGUUGACAUUUCGCACGGCGGCGCGGGUUCGCAGGCGCUGUCCGGACCACUGGCUUCUAUGGCUGCUAUAACCAUGUCCAUGGAUCGGGAGGCGAUCAGAUACUCGGCCGUCUGUGAGACCAACGGCCACCGAGUGGAGAUCAUCACGCCUUACAACAUCAAGAAAAUCUUCCCCGACGCCGUGCGCCGAUGGUGCCAGAAGAACAACCGCGCUCCCGAGCACGUCUUCUACUUCCGCGACGGCGUCGCUGAGGGCCAAUUUGCCCACGUCAUGGAGCAUGAAGUGCAGGGGAUUCGCGAGGUGCUCCACGAGAUUGGGAAGAACAAGCCCAAGAUUACUGUGGUCGUCGCUACCAAGCGCCACCACAUCCGCUUCUUCCCGGGCAGUGGUGCUGGCGACAAGAACGGAAACCCUCUGCCAGGCACCAUAAUUGAGCACGAGGUCACCCACCCCUUCCACUACGACUUUUAUCUGUGCUCCCAUGUCGCGAUCCAAGGCACUGCUCGGCCUGUUCACUACACUGUCAUCCAUGACGAGGUUCAGUACCCUCAAGACAAACUCCAGGCCAUGAUUUACCAGCAGUGCUACCAGUACAUCCGCUCCACCACGCCCGUGUCCAUCCACCCCGCGAUCUACUACGCGCACCUGGCUGCUGCUCGCUCCCGGGCUCAUGAGGACAUUGCCGCGUCAACCAAAGACCCAUGGUUCCAGCAAAUGAAGAAGAUUGAGAAGAUGGACGAGAAGAAGGACGAGAAGAAGAAGAAGCCAGCGGAAACGGAGCGGUCGAGCAAGACCCCUCAGGAGCCUGCAAAGCCGCUGUUGAAGAUUGGUGGAGAUGAGGGUAAGGCGGAUGCACAAAACAUUAAUUUCUUCAAGGGCACGAUGUGGUACAUCUAA